UUCAAUCUCCACCCUCCAUUUUUUAUUCAUCUUUUUGUCUUCUUAGUCAUAUACCUUUUAUGUCUUGUUGAACUCUUAUAGUUCAAAUGAUUAAUCUUGAUUUUUCAUUUUUGAACAGAACACACAAUGUUGGUUCCUCCAUGGCUCACACCACUUCUCAACACACCAUUCUUUAACGUGUGUCGGAUUCACAGCGACGCCGCGAGAAGCGAAUGUAACAUGUUUUGUUUGGAUUGUAACAUUGAUGCUUUUUGCUUCUAUUGUCGUUCUUCAAGACACAAAGAUCAUCAAGUUAUUCAGAUAAGGAGAUCUUCAUAUCAUGAUGUAGUGAGGGUGGGUGAAAUUCAGAAAAUGUUGGAUAUUAGUGGAGUUCAAACGUAUGUGAUUAAUAGUGCUAGAGUUUUGUUUCUGAAUGAAAGGCCACAACCAAAAUCUGGAAAAACAGGGGCUUAUAUUUGUGAGAUUUGUGGAAGAAGCCUCUUAGAUCAAGUUCGUUUUUGUUCUUUGGGAUGUAAGCUUGUAGGAAUAAAGAGAAAUGGCAAUGCAAGCUUUGUUUUAGAUGCUAAUAACAAUCAAGUAUCAACAAUGGAAGAAGGAAUGUCAAGGAGAACAAUCUCUUCAAGACAAGAAGAGGAAGAAGAAUUGCGUGAAGGCUCAGAACAAGGAAUGUAUCUAGCCACACCUUCAAAUGCAAGAAGAAGAAAAGGAAUUCCUCAUAGAGCUCCUUUUGGUUCCUAAACAUUUUCUUUUCUCUUUACCUUUCAAAAUUGAACUCGACGCACUUGCAGCCGAAGAAUUCAUAUAGUCAAAUACAAUGUCUUUUUUAAUGAGAAUUUAACGAUUUUAAUUUCA